AUUCUUUCAUGCAUAUACGUAUGAUCUACAAUUCUAUAUGUAACCAGUACUCUACCUACAUUCGUCUCACUGCUUGCCCUCCCGGCUCCCUGAAGUUGGCCACAUCGUUAUGCUCUCCCGACAAUGAAGCGCCGACAGUGCUCUCGCAAACAUGCGCCUCCUCGAUCUAUUGUGUCUUCUUCCUCUCCUUAGCAUCCUAAACUAUGUUUCAGCGCGUGCGGACGGCGGAAUCGUAAAGCCUGGCGAUCACCCAACCAACAGUCCGAUAUCCAUUUCGCUCUUCUCCGAACUGGAGGAGCUGGCACGUCUAGUCGACAUCGCAUACUGCGUCGGAUCGUUAGGUCUGGGCGUUCAAAAACCCUUCCGGUGCGUCAGUCGAUGCCAUGACUUUCCGCAUAUGUCACUCGUUGCGACAUGGCAUACUGGACCCUUUCUCUCCGACUCGUGCGGGUAUAUCGCAGUGGAGAAGAACCCGUCCGGUCCUCCCCGCGUUAUUGUAGCCUUCCGCGGCACCUACUCCAUCGCGAACACGAUCGCGGACCUAUCCACGAUCCCUCAAGCAUACGUCCCAUAUCCCUCUGACCCCACUUCGCCGACAAGUUCUAUUGCUACAGCGGCCGUUCAGGCUCGCUCUACCCACCAUAUCGGAUCAGACUUGCCUUUUAAGAACGGUGAGGAUGUUUCAACAUCCGUUCCGUGUCCCAAUUGUACGGUCCACUCCGGGUUUUUAGGGACAUGGCUCAACGCACGACGUUCCAUCCUUCCAGAACUGCUUCCGGUCCUCCAGGCCAACUAUAAUGCGACGCUUCACAUUGUCGGGCACUCGCUCGGCGGGGCGGUUGCCUGUCUGGCAAGCCUCGAACUGCUGGGAAGAGGAUGGGACCCCGUUGUGACUACAUUUGGCGAGCCGAUGGUUGGGAAUCGAGCGUUCGCACAAUACGUCGAGGACCGCUUUGACGUGGGUUCUGAUACUUCAGGCGACGAGAAGUUCGGGGUUCAACGGUAUCGACGCGUCACGCAUAUCAAUGACCCCGUUCCUUUUCUGCCCCUCGAGGAAUGGGGAUAUGCACCGCAUAGUGGUGAAAUCUACAUCACGGCACCUCAACUCCCUCCAGCGCUGGACGAUAUAAUCUACUGUUAUGGUCCUGCCGACGCGAACUGCAGCCGCAGCGCAGUAGAUUCCGAAGCCGCGCUGUCCAGUGUCGACCUCCUGGCCGACGAUAUGGAUGGCACCAAUCUACUCGUGCAAACAUCUGGUGACGGGACGAAAUCGGAGCUGGAGGCCCAGUGGUGGCUUCGAAAAACACUUGGUCGAUGGGCUGGUGGAAUCAAGAAUCCAAUCCCGGGGAGAUUGCAGCUUUGGCAGCUAUUUUUUGCCCACCGUGAUUAUUUCUGGCGAUUAGGGCUGUGCGUUCUAGGAGGCGAUCCUUGGGACUGGGGUGGUUAUCCUUAUCCCGGGAAGGAUGCGGGGGAUAAAAUUGUUAGGAAUGAAAAGAUCAACUUGGAUCUGUAGCAACCUUCAAGCCAGGACUCGAGGCGGAUGAACACGGUGGGAAUUGGCGAUGUGGUCGUUUGAUCAUUAAGAUGAGUUGUGCUGCUGCAAUUACAUCGCCUAGAUCGUAGAAAUAUGAAUUAUGUCAUUUCCCUUUGGAUGAACGAAUAUC